GAAAAACAACUAAAAAACAGCUAAUCUAAUCAGAGCGAAGGAAAUCACUCUCAUAAGAAAACCAACACCCUCUCUCCGAGUCUCUCCGACUCUUUCCCUCUCACUCUCUCACCUCUACCCAUCACUUUCCAGUGGCUGUCCGGUGUUGAAGGGCCCGUGUUUUGUCCAAGUGACAAAAGCAAUUGCAACUCUUUCACAUGAGCUUGGAAUUCCUACUAGAACCUUGGCAGUCUUCCAAGUUCAAGUUGCACUUUUUCUUACUGGUAACCUUAUAUGCAAAGGCUUGAGAGCCAACGAGCUGAAAUGCAGAACCAAUAGAUUGAAAUGCAAGAACUCCUUAAGGCUUGAAGAGCAAAAAUGCAGUUUAAGAAGCAAGGCAGUGAAAAUACAUCUGGCGAUAAUAACUAACAAAUGUUGGUCAUCCAAACUUUUGGAAGAUAGAGUCUAUUGCUAUGACUGAAGGACAUUGAAGACAAAGUUGCCUUUGAUCAUGCAACGGUUCACUUCGUUCUUUGGUUUCUUGAACUCAGAUUCCUUUUGUAAAGAACUUCCUUGUAUCAUCAAAGCGUCACCAUUAAUACAACAUCAACAUUAUUGAUUUCAAAUUCAGAGCAAUGUGAAUGCCUAUUGUCCCUUCUUCAAAUUCAACUAAUUUGCCCGCCAUUACUUCAUCAUGACCAUGAACACGAGCAAUGCCAUUGCCUACUUGAAGCAUGCUCGUUGCACAGAAGGCAAGCUUCCCCGGUUGCUGAACUGCAGGAGAACACCAAGCUAAUUCUUCCCGUCCGUAGGCUGAUAAACCCAAAGAGAAGCGGCGCACGAGGUUGGUUGGACACUCCUCUACUGGUGUAGCAGUCUCGCAGCCAUCGGAGCUUUGUCCACCGAAGGUUCAGCAUUUUCCUCAUUUGGUACUUGCUGAAGUCCGGCAAAGCCUAUGGUAGCUGAUAGUCGUGUCGUCCACCACGGUGAGCUCUGCAACAGCUGCCCUUGUCCGCCCGCUACAAAAGCCCUCUACUUUCAGGUUUAUGCCGCCGCGCACUAGAUCCAUUUCUAGAGUCGGAAAACUCAUACUUCCUGAUCCUGUUAGCACUGCUUGGUCCGAGUGUGGAGAGAACGACUUACAGCUUUGCAUCACCAAUUACUUCAAGUGUAAAAAACCAAUGGCUGGUAAGGUUGGUUCAUCAAGGCAAGGUCGAGCCCAAUUUCCAAUGGAGCGAGAGCUUGAAUUUGCGGAGUACUUGGUUGAAUUUAAACGGGCUAAUAGAAUGAACAAGGGCAGCUUAAAGAGUGAGGUCUUCCCGGCAAUUGUUGAUAAAUUUGCCAAAAAAGGAUGCCACUUUGAUCCAACUCAAAUCAAGGCGAAGUAUUAUGCAUUACGCCAUCUGACACAAGAAUACAAUCGCAUGCGAUUGAGGGUGACUGGGGCCGGAUGGGAUCCCCUCCUCCAGACUGUAAUCAUGGACGAAAGCAAAUGGCAAGCUGUGAUUAAGGAGAAUCCAUCCUUUAAGACUUACCACAACAAAGAUUGCCGUGUCUUCUACAUAUUGUCGGAGGUGUUUGACAAAAUGGAUGCCCAAGGGCGAUAUGCAAGGGACUCAAACCAACCACCAGUUGACAUCAAUGACGAGAUAAGAGCGAGGCAAAAUCAAACGUGUGACAAUAUGGGUGGCCAGGGCACGGAGCACGUGAACCUGACUGAUGAUAUGAUCCCUCCUAUGCAGUCAAUUGGGAAAUCGGAUGCCAAACAUUUGAAAGGCAAAGGCAAAGGGAAAAGGAAGACUCCGGAAUCUUCAUCCGCCAGAGACGGCGACCCCCCGCCUGGGCUAAGUCGCUCCUCCUACAAUAAUGUAAUAUCUUGGAUGGAUGCGACGUUUGCUUCCGAUCGGAGCAUGUCCCAGAGCGUAGAUGCCCCACCUCCUCCACCUGUUGCUGCUCCAGCUCCUCCUCCUCCGAUUUACAUGGAUGAUGACCCUUACUCGGUGUUAAAGGCAGCUGAAGCCUUAACCAAAAUAGAAGGCUUGUCGGAUAAAGUAUUUGUCACAGCAGCUUGCAAGUUGGCUGAUUCCGCUGACCAUCGGAGGAUGUUUUUGAGUCAGAAGAGUGAGGCUAGGAAGCGGUUAUAUGCACUGAAUAUUGGGGGGGGGCACCUAGAUGAUUGAGACCUGCAUGUGCCUAGGGGGUUAAGCACCAGUUGGAAGGUUUUGUUUGCAUGUUUUAAUGUAAAAGAUUUCUAUUUGUGAUUGAUGGCUGCUGGUUUUCCCUGUUGGGAAAUGAAUUUGCACUUUGUUUGUUUCAUUAUGUAGUUUGGAUCAUUUGUAGCCCUACCAUAAUGUUUCCCCAUUUCAAAUAUUUGACUUUUCGAGUUGGCGAAUAAUAAAUAGGAGUUCUACUUUGAUAUAA